AUGCCGCCGGCCGCGCCCCCGCUGCCCACCAAGUUUCCGUGCUGGUGCAAGGCCAUAUACUCGUGGGGAGGAGAGACCAAACGCGACCUCGGUUUCAUAGAAGGCGAUCUGAUCGAGUGCCUGAAUGCCGGUGAUGGCCAGUGGUGGAUGGGGCGCUUGAAGCGCGAUAGGCGCGCGGUUGGACUCUUUCCAUCCAACUUUGUCGAACUGCUGGAUGAGAGCCAAUGGCCGGGGGCCCCACGUAGCAGCACGGCAAAUGCAGGAGGCAUGUCGCGGUCGGGAACAAAUGCUGCCGCGCAGAAGCCGGUUCCACAGAAGCAGAAGAGCACGUUUAGGAAGCCCUUUCAGGCCUACUACAACGCUGGCCAGCCGAAUCCUGUUGCCCAUGCCCGCGAGCGGCAGGAGAAGUCAGGGACGUCCGGCCAUGCCGAUAGCCAGCGGAGACACAAGCCCUAUUCAUCCAUGAAGCACGCCAAACCGCCGGGACCGAGCCCGAACCCGUCACCCAGGAAUUCAAUCGAGAGCGUUGCUCGAAUCCCGCCUCUGCCAGAGCGUAACGCGUCCAACUUGAGAAAUCUGUCACCCGCUCCUCCACAGCCUGCCGAUUAUCGGGCAAGUCCGCGCGCGGUUUCUCCAGGACCACCCCAGCACUAUCGCGCCCCGUCUCCCGCACCGCCACAGCAGUAUCGUGCUGCUUCGCCUGCUCCUCCGCAGCAAUACCGAGCUGCUUCACCUGCUCCUCCACAACAGUAUCGAGCUACCUCCCCCGCUCCUCAGCAGUACCAGGCGUAUUCUCGAGGACCUUCUCCUUCGCCGUAUCAGCAACAAUACUACCCCCCUUCACCUGGGAUGCAUCCGACUACGCCACGGCAGCAGUAUCAGGCCUAUUCGCCUUCGGCCUCCCCUGGACCGGACUCGCAGCAAUACUACUAUCGAUCACCGUCUCGCGGACCUUCCCCGGCUCCCUUCGAGGACGAAAUUGGCGAAGCGUCUCCACCCCCACCUCCGCCUCCUCCACACCGCGUGUUACACUCUCAGGCGAACAGGGCUCCUUCGCCGUCUCCCUACCAGAUGAGCAGAAGUCCCUCGCCGGCUCCAUAUAAUGAGAAUGGGUACAGGAGCGGUUACCACACCCCUACCUCGCACUCGCCUGUGCCCCGGCAAAGCACUAAUUUGACGCCAUCUCCUGUGACGAAUGCUAUGAACGAUGUUAUGACUUCCCUUGAGGAUAUGACGGUUGCCAAACGGAGUCCGUCGCCUGCCAGAGCACGCACACCGGCCGACCCUUGGGCACCGGAGGCGUUCGGACGCACAUUCACGACCAAAACCAAUGCCACGAAUUCCACCGAGGCAACUAACAGUACGGGACAUACGCUGUGGAGUGGUACAUCUGCCGGCGCCAACUCUGCAACCAGCUCUGGAAGUUUCGCAAGGAGAAAAUGGGGCAUCGGCGGCACCAUCAGAGAACAUCGCGAACGGUCCAAGAGUGUGGUGGAGGUCUCUCGUCCACGUGCUGGCAGUAUUGUGGGAUCACUGGACGGCAGGCCAGAUAGCCCCUUCAGCGGAGAGGGCGGUGGCCCGCUGGGCGGCCUGACAUCACCCAAGCCGAAGAGGACUGGCUUCUUCAAGAAGAUGAUCUCGUCAGCAAAGGCCAAUGCUGCGAACGCGAGAAACACUAUUUCUUCAAGUCCUAGUAGGCCUGCUUCGCGAGGAGCAGGCAUACUACCGGCCGGUGUUACUUCCAUCGCCGGAGGAUCAGCUACUUUCCGUCCUAGCAGCACUGUGGCGAAGGAAAUGGGUAUGGGCGGUUCUGUGGACUGGGUGCAGGUCCGGCGAGACGUCAAUCGCUCUAAUUCUCUCAGCAAGAAUGAGCGCAUCGAGCGUGCCGAACGCUGCCAGAUGAACGACAUCAUAGUCAUCAACCCCAUAGAGGUCCUUCUAGAAUCCAUCGAGGGUGAUGAAGGCCUUGACGGGCUGCCAGUCCCUGAACCGCUCGACUUCAGUCAGUGCAAUCUUGGUCUCGUUGACAAGAACACUCGUUUCAUCCAGGGCCUACCUCCAAUGACGACUCCGGCGAGCCUUGCCCAAGGUUAUGUGUGUAGACCUUACCGCAGCGACGUCCAAAGACUGCGAGCCAUCUUCACGUGGGUCUCUGAACGCAUUGCUUGGGAAGAAGAUUUCGAAGGCGACGUCGACACCAGGCGAGUCAUCCAAUCGAAACGCGGCUGCAGCGAAGAGAUCGCCGUCUUGGUUAUGGACAUGUGCGCAGCAGUCGGAUUGCACUCUGAGGUGAUCCGUGGAUAUCUCAAGGCACCGGGUGAGGAGCUAGACUUCGAAAUGAUCGCGCAUCCAAAUCAUUGGUGGAACGCCGUCAUCGUUGACGGCGAAUGGCGCAUCAUGGACUGCUCGCUCGCGAACCCCACUAACCCCAGGCGCUCGUCGUACUCCAGCGCUGGAAGUCAAGUUGCAGAGAGUGGCUUCUUCCUCGCACCACAGCAUAUCAUUCCGCCACUUUCUCACGAGGUCCUUAUGGCGCUGCCUUGCGCUUGCCCGCCCUACUUCAUGAAUGACAUAGAGAUUGCGGACUUCGACACGAGUCUCCUAAACCUGGAGAACUUGGAAAUGGCGCACAUUCAUUUCUUCGUGCCGGAGGACGUAGAAGCGGUGGCUGAAGUUGAGGCAAGGAUUUUCGCACGGGAUGGCGAUGGAGACUUCUUCGAGAGCGGUGAAACAUGUCGGAAGAGGGCCUUAUGCCAGCCCGAGUGGAUUGGUGGUCGCAAGAGGUACACCGUGAAGGCGCUGCUGCCAGGCGAUGAAGGGCAUGCCACUCUGAAGGUGUACGCGGGGAAGAAGGGGUUGAUGCACUCAAUCAAAUCAAACCCUCAUCCUCUCGUCUUCGCAUUGCCGCUCACCCAUGUUGGCCAGAACCCGCCGUACGAGUUCGUCACGCUUCACCCUACUCCACACGCUCAACGCCACGAUCUCUACGUCGCACAGCCGCAGUGCGCCCGCCUUGCUGUCAACAACACCUUCGUGUUUGCUGUCCGCCAGCACCCAUCGUCCCUUACCUGGACCAAUACGCCGUCAGGACCGAACCACAUGCAUUCCCAGUCCACCAGCUCCGCCAUGCUCUCUGGACGCAUUUCGCCUAACCCCUUCGCCCGUCCGAACUCAGCGCUCAGUAUGGUGUCCGCAUCCGCAUCUAACGCUGGGUCCGUCUUCAGCGCCUCAUCCUCCGGCUCGGACCCUCUCAUGGCCUCCAAGACAGCUCCCGGCGCAAGCCAGAAACCAGCCAAGUUGGCGAUCCAGAGCCCGUCAGGCAAGAUCAUCAGGCUGAUGCGGAAGAGCGAGCACAUGAUUGCCAACAGUCAUGGAGCAGGUGUGGGAGGCGCGAGUGAUGGAGAGAGGGAAGGUGGUGAUGGGAGCGUGUGGGAGACGAUCAUCAAGAUUGGGGAGAGAGGUACCUGGAGAGGUCUCGUGUUGGCGGAUAGAUCUGCGAGGUGGUGCGUAUUCGCCGAGUGGGAGAGCUUCUAA